AUGAUUUAUUGGCUGUAUAAGUACCUUUUCCUUUUGAAAUCAACCAACCAGAUGAAGAGCAUUUAAAAAUAUUGGAUUAAAAUGAAACUGAUUUAAUUGAAAGUUACUCUUUAACAAAAAUCUAAUUAGAAAAGAAAAUUUAGUGAUGGAAUUACUAGAGAAGAAUUAGGUUAAACUGGAUGGACUCUAUUACAUAUGAUUUCAGCUACUCUUUCUGUUGAUUUGAGGAGGAAUUCAAAUUUAAAAUCAAUGUUUUUUUGA